GUUUUCAAAUUUUCAUUUAUUCGAAUUUUUAAAUUCACGAUUUUUCGACUUCGACGUCAUUGUUGUUAACCUUGUUUGUAAUUACGCACAGUGAAGCCUCCAAAACUAAACUAAAAACAAAAAACCUGUUUUAUUAAUAGUUUUAAUUCCCUCACUUCAUAAAGUAAAACAUGCCUAAACACACAGAACUAUUUUCUGUCCAAAGCAACGCUCUGAGUUCAAUUGUAAAAGUAUACAAUAAAACUGAAGAAUCGUUGGCUGAAGAUGUCCUAAACUUAAAAAAAUGGAUGAAAGAUCAGCAUCACCUUCCCGAAAUUUUAGAUGACAAAAGUGUGCAAAAUUUUUUAAUCUUAAAUAAAUGUAACAUAGAAAAAGCAAAAGCUAAAAUUGACAUGUACUACACCUUUCGAAGUCAGGUACCUGAUAUGGUCAAAAAUAUCAAUCCUCGUUGUUCAAUCAUGAAAGAAGUGGCAACGCUAGUAUACCUUGUAUUCUUACCAAAAAUGACCAAGGAUAUGUACAGAGUAUUUGUGGCUAAAUGCCGAACUAAAGACAAACUGGACCAAAUUGAUCUCUACGACGUACUUAAAAUGGCUGCUAACUUGCAAGAAAUAAGGUUAAAAGAAGAUAUCAUGUUCGGAGAUGUGAUCAUUUUUGAUUUAGAAGGGACUUCCGUACGUUUUUUGUCAAAACUGACACCAACUUUUCUGAUGACAUUCAUAACUUUGUAUAAAAAAGUAUAUUCUCUUCCACUGAAAGGUGUGUACUUGAUUAAUAGUGUCCCUUACGUGGAAACGAUACUAACCAUCGUCAAGGCUCUCGUCACACCUAAAUUAUUCGGAAGGAUUCAUGUGUGCAAAGACGCGAAUAUUUUAAAGGAGCACUUUCCUUUAGAGAUGUUACCUAAGGAUUACGGUGGUACCGAAAAGUCAAUCGAGGAAUUGCAUGAAUUAUACCCCCUUAAGUAUCAAGAAUAUCAAGACCGUUUCGAUCUCCUGGAUAAAUUGAGAGUGAAUGAGAGUUUAAGGCCAGCCAGACUUGCAGACGGAAACGACGAAUUUUUGGGAUAUCAUGGCAAUUUUAAAAAGUUAGAGAUUGACUACAUGCCUAAACACACAGAAAUAUUUUCUGUCCAAAGCAACGCUCUGAGUUCAAUUGUAAAAGUAUACAAUAAAACUGAAGAAUCGUUGGCUGAAGAUGUCCUAAACUUAAAAAAAUGGAUGAAAGAUCAGCAUCACCUUCCCGAAAUUUUAGAUGACAAAAGUGUGCAAAAUUUUUUAAUCUUAAAUAAAUGUAACAAAGAAAAAGCAAAAGCUAAAAUUGACAUGUACUACACCUUUCGAAGUCAGGUACCUGAUAUGGUCAAAAAUAUCAAUCCUCGUUGUUCAAUCAUGAAAGAAGUGGCAACGCUAGUAUACCUUGUAUUCUUACCAAAAAUGACCAAGGAUAUGUACAGAGUAUUUGUGGCUAAAUGCCGAACUAAAGACAAACUGGACCAAAUUGAUCUCUACGACGCACUUAAAAUGGCUGCUAACUUGCAAGAAAUAAGGUUAAAAGAAGAUAUCAUGUUCGGAGAUGUGAUAAUUUUUGACUUAGAAGGGACUUCCGUACGUUACUUGUUAAAACUGACACCAACUUUUCUUAUGACAUUCAUAAAUUUGUAUACAAAAGUAUAUUCUCUUCCAGUGAAGGGUGUGUACUUAAUUAAUAGUGUCCCUUACGUGGACACGCUACUAAGCAUCAUCAAGGCUCUCGUCUCACCUAAAAUAUUCGAAAGGAUUCAUGUGUCUAAAGACGCGAAUAUUUUAAAGGAGCACUUUCCUUUAGAGAUGUUACCAAGGGAUUACGGUGGUACCGAAAAGUCAAUCGAGGAAUUGCAUGAAUUAUACCCCCUUAAGUAUCAAGAAUAUCAAGACCGUUUCGAUCUCCUGGAUAAAUUGAGAGUGAAUGAGAGUUUAAGGCCAGCCAGACUUGCAGACGAAAACGACGAAUUUUUGGGAUAUCAUGGCAAUUUUAAAACGUUAAACAUUGACUAAAAUUUAUUUUGCACUUUAUCGAAAUAUUGUUUUCCAUGCUUAUUAUCCGUUCAUGAAAAUCUAGUGAGUUUGUUGGUAUUCGAUGCAGAAGAACAAAAAUUCCCUGAACUUUUUUCGUUAGGUUAUGUUUUAUUAGAUUAAGGGUUUAAAAAUAUGUCAGAAAUAUAAAUAAACAUUUGACAUCUGACAAAAUUAAAACAUUUGUAGAAAAGUGGCAAUCCAGCUUAAAGCAAAUGUCAAUCAGACUACUGACAGACAAAAAACUAAAUCAUCAAAUCAGUUUAUCCAACUUAAAGAAAAAAUAUCAAAACCUAC